UAACUCGUACGUUUUAUUGGAUGAUUUUUACUCUUUAAAGCAUCUGAUUCUGAGUAAAAGUGCAAAGAGGGAAGUAUCUGAUUGUCUAACACUCAGUUGUUUGAUCGAACCAUUAAAAUUCUUUCAUUCAUUCUGAUAUGGAGUAAUAUCUGAAGCAGCCACACUUUUGUCGAUUUGAAGUUUCGGGGAUGGCCGUGCAGUACGAAUGCUGCGCUACCAAGUUCUGGAUUUAUGUGGGGAUAUGUUUAUUUUUGGUGCUUUUUGCGGGACUGAUGUCUGGGCUGACGCUCGGCCUCAUGUCGCUCAGUUUGGUCGAUUUGGAGGUGCUGCGAAAGUCCGGAAAGCCGCAGGAUCGCAAGUAUGCAGCUAAAAUUAUGCCUGUGGUGAAAAAACAACAUUUGUUGUUGUGUACGCUUCUGAUAUGCAACGCUCUUGCUAUGGAGGCACUUCCUAUUUUCUUGGAUGGCUUAGUGUCACCAUGGGGUGCUAUUUUAAUAUCUGUUACUCUGAUACUCUUGUUUGGAGAGAUUAUACCUCAAUCCGUUUGUUCUCGAUAUGGUUUAGCAGUUGGUGCUACAGUGGCACCUGUGGUUCGUGUGCUUGUUUGGAUCUGUUUUCCAAUUGCAUGGCCAAUAAGUAAGCUCUUGGAUUUGUUGUUGGGCGAAGGACAUGAUGCUCUCUUUCGUAGAGCUGAAUUGAAAACAUUGGUGAAUUUGCAUGGAAACGAGGCAGGAAAAGGUGGAGAACUCACACAUGAUGAAACAACAAUCAUUGCUGGGGCAUUGGAAUUAACAGAAAAAACUGCAGAAGACGCAAUGACUCCAAUUUCAGAAACAUUUGCUAUUGAUGUCAAUGCAAAACUUGAUAAGAGCCUGAUGAAUUUAAUACUACAAAAAGGACAUAGUAGAGUGCCUAUAUAUUAUGAACAACCUACAAAUAUAAUUGGUUUGGUGUUGGUAAAGAAUUUGUUGUCAAUACAUCCAGGAGAUGAAGUACCUUUGAAGAAUGUAACCAUCCGAAAGAUUCCUCGGGUACCAGUGAACAUGCCUCUGUAUGAUAUUUUGAAUGAGUUUCAAAAAGGCCACAGCCAUAUGGCUGUCGUUGUAAGGUAUACUGGAGGAAAGAAGCAAGAACAGAAAAUGAGCAAGACUAUCCACGAGCAUGAUAAUGGAAAAGAUGUGAGUGUCAUUGUUGACAAAAGUCCAUCACAAGCUGUCCGGGAGAAGUCUUUUUCAAAUAGGAGGUCACUUAAUAAGCUGAAAAGCUUUCCAGCUACUCAUGCGAGUGAUUUAAAUAGAGAAGCACCAAAAACAAAACGAUGGUCUCGUGUUUUAUCUGGAGAUAUUCUUGAGAUUGCUGAUGACUCACUUCCAAAGCUUGCAGAGGAUGAAGAGAUUGUAGGUAUAAUCACAAUGGAAGAUGUUAUUGAAGAGCUCUUGCAGGAAGAGAUAUUUGAUGAGACUGAUAUUCAAGAUUCUUAACGCUGAUAUGUAAAUGCUGCUUGCGCUUGCCCUUUGUAACGGAGACAAAUAUAUUAAAAUUUUGAAUUGAUUUGUAUUGGACCAGAGUUUAAAAUCUUUUACUUCAUUGUCAGCUUCCCAUCCUCAAUUUAAGGCACCUGUAAUUAACUAGUAUGAGUUAUUUGAAAUGGCAUAAAGAAAUUUGUAUAUUCAUUUCAUUGUAGGGUUGAAUAUUAUACAACAUUUUAUGACAUUUUUAUUGCAGCAUAUAUCUCUUACCAGUAAAGAUAAGCGGGUUUUUGUUUUC